GGGCUGCCGCCCCCCCGAACCCCCCUGCACCAUGGCAGUCCAGUACUAGCAGCAGCCCGCGCCUUGAACUUCCCUCUUCCGAGUCUUCGCCAGAAAAGUCGUCUUUCAUUCACAUGGAGUCUCUUGCCUAGAAGAGGCGCUUUUCUUCUCAGUUGGUGAAAGGGCUUAUCUACUGUACUGACAGUCUAGACCGAGCCAGAGGCGAGAACACAUUUUAAAUGUUGGUGAUUUUCUGAAGACAACAUCUUUGCACGAGGGCACUAAUCAGUUUCUUGUGGACUGUUCAUUCAGGGCAGAUUGUGCGCGCAGGUUUGCAAUUGACACAGAAAAGAAACCUUCAAGAGCAGCAAAAGAACUCCUUUUGAAGGGAGGUUUGGGGAGCUCUUGAGGUGCCACUAUCCUUGUAAGGCCUUGAUCAGGCAAGAUGGGUGAGCGCAAGGUGCUCAAUAAGUACUACCCGCCGGACUUCGAUCCGGCGAAGCUCCCGCGGCGCAAGCGGCUCAAGAAUGAGCAAAUGAAAGUGCGCAUGAUGCUUCCAAUGAGCAUCCGCUGCGCGACGUGCGGGGAGUACAUGUCCAAGGGGACCAAGUUCAACAGCAGAAAGGAGGACGUGCCAGAGGAAGCGUAUCUGGGGCUCAUGGUGUUUCGGUUCUACAUCAAGUGCCAGCGGUGCGCUGCCGAGAUGACGUUCAAGACGGACCCUCAGAACAAUGAUUACAUCGUGGAGAACGGGGCCACGCGGAACUAUGAGCCGUGGCGGGAGAAGGAUCAGGCGGUUGCGGACGCGACGAAGAAGCGCGAGGAAGAGGAGGCUGGGAACGCGAUGAAAGUGCUCGAGAACAAGACGUACGACAGCAAGGUCGAGAUGGACAUCCUCGCGGCGCUGGACGAGAUGAAGUCCAUCCGUUCGCGGCAGGCUACAGUGGACACAGACUCGAUGUUGGAGGCGCUGAAACGGACGCAGCAAGAUAGGGAGCGGGAACUUGACGAGGAGGACGAGAAGCUGAUCAGAACGGUGUUCCAGAAUGGUGGCGGCAACUUCGUCCGGCGGAUAGAGGACGAGGAGGCGCCAACAGAGCCGAACCGGACGCCGGGCGGGGGCGCGAAAAGGCGCCGAGAAGCGGACCCCCUCGUGACGACAGCUGCUGCUGCGGAGAUGCAGGCUGACGUGGCGCCAGAAGCCAACGCUGCGCCAGACGGAGCGGCGCCCGGGCCAAGCGCACCCCCCAAGACAAGUGGCGGAACAGGGCCUAGUUUCGCUUUCAGACCAAAAGCGGUAACCUUCGUCGCCAAGCCCAGAGCUGCGGGGGCCGCACCAAGGUUGCAAGCCAGGGGAAAUUCGACAUCGAAUGGAAGUAGUAUACAAAGCACGGCAGCAGGUGUAGGCCCGCCACCACCAAGUGGAAGUGGAGCAGCCACGGGUUUGUCGUCUUUGGCGGCUGCUUACUCUGAUAGCGAAGAAGACUAGGAAGUGACUGGUUUGAAGAGUCGGGUUCAGACGGAGUGACGUUUGUGGCGGAUCGCCAAGCGCAUGAUAAUUGGCGCUUUCAUGGUUAUCGAUCAUCGUUCUGGCAGUCUGCCGUAUUGCAUACCUAGUUUAAAGCAC